AUGGCCAACACGGCGCAUCUUUUUCGCAGACAGAGCUCGCGGGAUUUGAUUCAGCAGGCCACGGUUCGCAGCUUGGAUGAGCUCGAGUUAAGGGAGCUUCGAAGUCGUUUGGUUCGAGCGGAGAAUGGCAACCGCAAUGUUGUGUACGGUGCUACCAAUCAGGCGUUCAUCUCCGAUGACGAUCCACCGAUGGCACGGAUCCUGGAUUUGGGACCGAGCUCGGCACCGCCCACGACUCGAGUACCGCCGGGAAAGUUGCCAUCGCAGACGUCCGUAAUAGACACCGUGGUGGAGGAAACGGUUGUUCCGGAGAGGCCCGAGGAUGAGCGGGAAAGUUGGGAUAGCAAGUGGACCUUUCUGUUGGCCACGAUCGGAUAUGCGGUCGGACUGGGCAACGUUUGGCGAUUUCCCUACCUAGCGCAGAAGAACGGCGGAGGAGCCUUCUUGGUUCCGUACUUUGUGAUGUUACUACUUCAGGGGAUUCCGAUCUUUUACCUCGAGUUGGCGAUAGGUCAGCGGCUGCGGAAAGGUGCGAUCGGCGUGUGGCACGAGGUGUCCGCAUAUCUGGGCGGCAUCGGGAUAUCGUCCGCGUUCGUCAGCUACAUAGUGGCGCUGUAUUACAACACGAUCAUCGCGUGGUGCUUGAUCUAUCUCCUGCACAGCUUUGAGUCGCCACUGCCUUGGGCAGAAUGUCCCAAAAGACUUUACAAGAACUUCACCUACGACAUUGAACCGGAGUGCGUGGUUUCGUCGCCUACGAAGUACUAUUGGUACCGAGAAACGCUGAGAAUUUCACCAAGUGUUAACGAACCUGAAGAGAUCAACUAUAAUGUUGCGAUAGCGUUGAUCACCGCUUGGUUUUUGGUGUACAUGUGCAUGGUCCAAGGGAUCACUGAGUCCAGUAAGAUUGUGUACGUCACCGCCAUCUUCCCAUACGUGGUACUGAUCAUUUUCUUCUUUCGUGGGAUUACGCUGAAGGGAGCUUCCGAUGGCGUAAUGCAUCUGUUCACGCCUCGCUGGGAGUCGAUCUUGGAACCAGUGGUGUGGCUUGAGGCCGGAACGCAGAUCUUCUUUUCGCUGGGUCUUGCAUUUGGUGGACUGAUCGCAUUCAGUUCCUACAAUCCGGCGAAUAACAACUGUUAUCGGGACGCUCUGGUCGUUUCCUUCACCAACUGCAGCACGUCGAUGUUCGCGGGGGUGGUUGUGUUCUCCGUGAUAGGUUUCAAGGCUACUUCGAUAUUCGAUGCUUGCGUUAGUGAGCGUGAUGCGUUAGUGGCGGCAAACAAAACGAUGAAUCUACCGGUUUGCGAUUUGCAGGAAGAACUUAAAAAUAGUGCUUCCGGAACGGGACUGGCGUUCAUCAUUUUCACGGAGGCGAUCAACCAGUUUCCUGCGGCACAGUUCUGGGCAGUGUUGUUUUUCAUGAUGCUGUUCACGCUGGGGAUCGAUUCACAGUUCGGUACACUGGAGGGCGUUACAACGUCUCUGGUUGACAUGAAGCUGUUUCCGAACUUGCCCAAGGAGGUCAUUACAGGGGCUCUUUGCCUAUCGUGCAGUAUUCUGUCGAUGUGCUUCGCGAACGGAGCGGGCAGCUAUAUUUUCCAGCUGAUGGACAGCUUUGCAGGAAACUACACACUGCUGAUAAUUGCAUUUUUCGAAUGCAUCGGAGUGAGCUACAUUUACGGUAUCAAAAGGUUUGCCGACGAUAUUGAGCUGAUGACGGGGUCACGACCGAGCUUGUAUUGGAUGCUCUGCUGGAAAUAUAUCUCGCCGAUCGCCAUGAUUACCAUUUUGACGGCUUCCUUCAUCGAACUGGCAUCCGAAGGCAGUAGUUACCCGGGGUGGAACGCUCUGACCGGAGGUACCGAUAAACUGGAGUGGCCGCACUGGUGCAUCGUUGUGGCGAUACUUUUGGUUGGCGUAUCGAUCAUAUGGAUUCCAGGAGUGGCCAUUUGUCGGUUAUGCGGCAUCAACAUCAUUGAGGAUUCGGAACCAGCGUGGUUCCCAACGGCCGAGCUACGGGAUGUGCAUGGCAUCGUGCCGCAUGAACCAACCGACAUCGAAAUAUCGCUCUUCUGUAUACGACCGGAUGGUUCGGAGGGCUUGUGCUGUCCAACGUAUGGGCCGCGGGAGCAGCCCUUAGACGAGGAAGAGGAGUAAACAUUGUGAUGAUGGAAAAUAGUCCACUUUAGAAGACAAUAAUCGUUAUCCAGGUUUUAGGGCAAGCGUUGGGGAGAAAAGGCAGCGAAGAUAGGACAAUAGUUAGUUAGAAGGACAAUUAGACUAGCGUAGCGUGAUUGAAGGAGUUCUGAGCUAACAUAUUCAAAUUAUACUCCAUAGGGAUUAAUACUAAAUAGGAAGCUGCGAGCUUAUGUUCUGGAUUGAAGCUUUUUACGCGACAUUUUCUUCAUUUUCCUAUAAUACUUAUAUGGCGGGAGUAGAGGGGCGGGAGGAGUAUACUUUUAUGUGCAGCACAAUCCACACCGGCCUUAGUCUGGUAAUAAAAUUAAAAAAAAAU